CUAUAUCUUCAUUUAUUUAUGCUUUUUAGGUAUGUUAGGAUUAUAUGGGGAUUUUGUUAUGUAUGCCAAAAUCGAAUGAAAUUUGUUGUUUAAUGUUAAAUAUUUAGCUUUUUUAUGCCUUUGUAUGGUUUGUAUUGGUUAUAUAUGUGUGAUCCCAUAAUGUUGGUAGACUUUUAGGGUUUGGUUGUGUCUACCAUAAAUGAAUGAAGUCCAUUAUUUAAUGUUAAAGAUUAUGCUCUCUAUGCCUUUGUAGGGUCUGUUCUUUCCCUUGUUUUUUGGUGGUCCUGAUAUGAUGUUAGUAUUUUAGGGUUUUGUUUAUCCCAUUUUUGUAGCUUUCAAUGCGUUUGUUCUGAUGUGGUCCCUCUAUUUUUUGUAUAUUUACUUUUUCCUUUAUGUUAAUUUGAAGGAUGAUUGAUGAUGUUGAUAUUGUGUUCAAUUAUGGGGUAAUUGGGUCUUUUCACCUGAGUUGGUAUACAUUAAAAAACUGGUGCACUUGUGGCUUUCUUUUGACCCCGAUUUGCUGAGUCAUAAGGAUGUAUGUGAUGAGUUUACUUCCAAGCUAGGGUUUUCUCAAGUUAAACAAUUGUUAGUGACUGGGCCCUCUGGUAAGUAUUACUCCAUCUGUUUCAAUUUCUGUGAACCUAUUUCCUUUUUAGCUCGUCCCAAAAUGAAUGACCUUUUUCCUAAUUUGGAAACAAAUUCACUUUAUGAAAUGAUUUACUGCCACACAAAUAUUCAAGACUUAUUUUGAACCACAAGUUUCAAAAGUCUUCACUCUUUCUUAAAUGUCGUGCCCAGUCAAAUGGGUUCACAUAAAUUAAAACGGAGGGAGUAUAUAAUUGAUGGGGAUGAUGGUAUUAGGGCCAUCCUCAGCCUAGCGUGUGAGGAAUAUAAAGUCAUCAACUUCGGGUGAAGAGACAAUCUUUGCUGAACAUGCCACACACCAUACUGAAACUUACCUGGUAGUUGUGGGGGUUGGUACAGACUGUGAACAUAGUCUUGGUUCUGUUGAUGAAUGGGAUCUCUCUGGGGAUGAGGAGUAUGAUUUUGAGGGACUGAAGGCUAUUAACAAGGAAAAGGGAAGGGUAGUAGGUGAUAUGUUGGAAAACUAUAAUGAGUUGGAAGUUGGUAUGUCAUUUAAGCGACCUGGAAGAAGGCAGGCAGGUUGUGAAUUAUUAUGCAUUAGCUAACAAAGGGCUUUGACAAUAAUUAAGGCUGAUACUAGUAGAACUAGGUAUCAUUGUAAAGAGGGAUGUCCCUUUAGGUGUUUGAUUUCAAAAGAUGGUAACAGUAAAGGGUUCAAGAUCAAAACUUUGAUCAAACAACACACAUAGAUGAGGCCUUUCUGAAUCCUAGGGCUGAUGCAACCACUUUGGCUCAAUACUUUAAGAAUAAGCUUCAAAAUAACCCCAAGUACAAGGUCAAAGACAUGAGAGGAGAGCUUGAAACUGGUUUAAAAUUGAAUGUGUCCCAAUCCAAAUUGAAAAGGGCUAAGUCUAUGAUUCUUGAGAAGUUGGAGGGUAGUUUUAUAGAUGACUACAACAAGUUUGAGGCCUAUGGGCAAGAGCUUAGACAGUCUAAUCUCGGAAGUGAUAAAUAUCUCCAAAGAUGCUCUUGAAGAAGGAAAAAGGAAAUUCUUAUGGAUUUACUUGUGCUUUAAUGCUUUGAAGAAAGGCUGGAAAUCUGGAUUGAGGCCACUAAUUGGCCUUGAUGGUACAUUCUUGAAAGGUAGAGUUAAGGGCAUCUUGUUGGUUGCACUAGGACAAGAUUCUAUGAACCAUUUCUUUCCAUUAGCUUGGGCAAUAGUGGACAAAGAAACCAGCAGGACAUGGACCUGGUUUUGGUUUUGUGAGCUACUGAAGAGGUCUUUGGACCUUAAAGAAGGUGCUAUGAUCACAUUCAUUUCAGAUAUGCAAAAGGGCAUAUUGAGAGUAAUUGGUGCAAAAAUGGAGAAGUGGCUAAAUGAGGUGGUGUGCAUGGAGUACAUAUGAUGAAGAGUUCAAGGAUCAGUUGAAGAAGUUGGGAAAUUUAUCAGAAGAGGCUGCAAGGGACUUGGUGAAAUAUCCACCAAGGGCAUGGUGCAGGGCUUAUUUGGACACUCAAUGUACGAACAUGAUGGUUGAUAACAACUUCACUGAGUCAUUCAAUUCCUGGAUCCUUGAGGCUAGACAAAAGCCAAUAAUCAAGAUGUUACAAAUUCUUGAAUGGUCUCUUGUGUUUUGAUAAAAUUUUGAGCUGAAAUGGUUAUGUAUUAUGUUGAGUGUUUGUUAUACUUAAAUGGGUUGUUUGUUAUACUUAAUGGGUUUUUGUGUUUUUUGAAAUUCUAGUGAAAUCCACCUAAAUAAUAGCAGGGUCUGAGCUGAAUAUCAUAAGUUGAUGUUAACUUCAGGCCCUUUAAAAUGGCAGUGAAUUCUUGGCUAACUCUUUUC